GUGUCAGUGGCACGAUGAGGCUCCUGCUGUGCACUGCUCUGCUGGCGGCAGCGGUCAGCGCGGCGGGCCACAUCGCCCAUGGCUACCGACCGCUGGUCGCCACCCGGGAGGGCCGGGUCAAGGGCGUCAUGGACAGGAGCGCCGGCGGCCACCUCUUCUACUGCUUCAAGGGCAUCCCGUACGCACAGCCGCCGCUGAGACACCUCCGCUUCCAGGCGCCGCAGCGGCACGCCGGCUGGCGCGGGAUCCGCGACGGCAUCGACCACGGGAACCGCUGUUUGCAGUUUGAUCACCUCAACAACUUCACUCGCGUUGGCGACGAAGACUGCCUGUUCGUGAACGUGUACUCCCGUCAGCUGCCGGGACAGGAGAGCUCGCUGACCGGACUGCCGGUGCUGGUACUCAUCCACGGAGGUGGCUUCUUCUUUGGCUCCGGCGACGCUGAUGAGUAUGGACCCCACUACUUCAUGGACGAGCCGGUGGUGCUGGUGACGUUCAACUACCGUCUCGGCGCGUUCGGCUUUUUCUCGACCCACGACAACGCUGCACCGGGCAACUACGGCCUGCUGGACCAGGUCGUGUUGCUUCACUGGGUGCAGGACAACAUCGCCAACUUUGGCGGAGACCCCAAAUCCGUCACCAUCUUCGGCCAGGCGGCUGGCGGCUCAAGCGUCUCGCUCCAAGUUCUGAGUCCGUUGACAAAGGACCUGUUUCAUCACGCCAUCAGUCAGUCUGGAAUGUCCUUCUCUACCUUCGCGGCCAGAGACUCACGGAAGGGCUCAGAAAAGAAGCUCUCCAAGCAGCUUGGCUGCACAAAGCCCGACGGUAGAAUCUCGGUUAACUGCAUAAGGUCGGUAUCCUCCGAUGUUUUUAUGGAUGCCUUGGAUGCCAUUGGGGAAGGGAGCAUGCCUGGGUUCAUGCCCCGAGUCGAUCGCGAGAGUCCCUUCCCGUUCCUACCGGAUGAGCCGAGAGCCCUGCUGGAGAGUGGCAAGUUCAACAUUGUUCCGUGGCUCUCGGGGAUGACGAGCAUGGAAGGCGCUUUCUUCCUUCCGAUCCGUCUCCAAACGGAGAGUUUUGUCAAAGGAGUGACGAAGAAAACCAUAGCUCACUGGGCGCCAUUCAUUGCACUGAUCGGUGAAUCGGAGUACAGCAUUUUGGAUUGUGGCGCAGACCUUGUGAAUGAAACGCUGAAAGUACUGAACUUCUACGCACCAGUGAAUACCACUGUGAGCUCCGAAGUUCUGGCGACUGCCCUGUCUGAUCGGUUCUAUGUAAACGAAAUUUCUGAGGAGAUUCGUUUGGCCUCAACCCAUGCACCUCUCUACAAGUACGUGCUGGACCAUACGGGACCAGGCCGAUUAGUCAACAACGUUGCCCUGCCAAGUCCUCCCAACCUGCGCUGGCCGAUUCCAGAGGCAGGUGUCAGCCACGGAGAUGACCUCCGCUACCUAUUCAGUACCGACAACCUGCCUCGGGAGCGGCCUGGCAGCCCAGGCUACGCCAUGACCCGGUUCAUGGUCAACUUGUGGACCAACUUUGCGCGCACCGGUCAGCCCAGGUCGGACAUCCUGCUGCUUCCCGACUGGCCCAUCUACACCGAACAGUACCAGCGCCACAUGAGGCUUAAUUCUCAGCCGGCGCUGGGGGAGAGAUUGUUUGAAGAACGGGUCAACUUCUGGCAGACGGUGGCCAUCAACGAGCAAUGGAGACACCUGCCCGUGAAAACUGCAAAUGGGUGCUAGCGUAUAUACUCUGAGUUGUAUGAGGUGUGAUUUAUGUUUUAAUUGGGGCUUGUUGCCUUCUUGUUACGCUGUUGCCAUGACAGUUUGAACCACCGUGGCCGACCAGAUGUGGACCUUUGUAUGUGAAUGUUUAUAAAGUGUCGAAACUUCCAGAAUCAAGCUAAAUAUUGAUUAGCACAAUUACCUGAGACAAGAGGAUCUGAUAUCGAUGAAUAAAGUUGUGGUUAUUGUAAACGAAUGCAAGUAAAACAUAAAUGGAUAUCAGACUAUUUAAUAUACAUAAAUAUUGACACUUCGUCA